AUGCAUAAAAGCCUCCUUCUGGUCUUUAUCCAUGGUUUUAAGGGUGGUGAUGACACCUUCGGCAACUUUCCAAAUCACCUUCAGGUCGUAGUCGGCAAGGCACUUCCUGCCGUCACGGUCACAACGGCUGUGUACCCCAAGUAUGAGACAAAAGGCGACCUGAAAGAAUGCGUGGGUAGAUUCCGAGAAUGGCUGCAGAAUACCGUGAUUGAUCUGGAGGUCGCAAACCACACAGCGUCACCCACAGUUGACCCAUCGGUCCACGUUUUCCUGGUUGGGCACUCCAUGGGUGGAAUCGUUGCAGCAGAGACACUUUUAUUGCUAGCAGCUGAGCAGCCCAUUCCCCACAACUCCACAUCGGAUGUACAGUCGGCGCCUGGACCAGAUGACCAGCCCCCUGUUGUGGAACCUGGUACAUUCAUGUUCCCUCACAUCCAAGGGGUCCUCGCGUUUGAUACUCCAUACCUAGGCAUUGCUCCAGGCGUGGUGUCAUACGGGGCAGAAGGGCACUAUCGAAAUGCUACCACGGCCUACAACACGAUUUCGGAAGUUGCUGGACUUUUCGGCUACGGUGGAAAGAACGACGCACCCAAAGAAGCAGCUGCAGCUGAAAUUGCGAAGGAACCUGCUAAAGCCCUGCCAGCCUCUGCCGACGCUGCUGCAACGCCAUCUUGGCAGCGAUGGGGUCGAUACGCCAUGUUCGCCGGGGCCGCGGGAGCUGUUGCUGCGGGCGGUGCAGCUGCUUUAUACACCAACAGACAGAACUUAUCCGCCGGUUUCAAUUGGGUAUCGUCCCAUCUUGAGUUUGUGGGCUGCCUAACGAGAACCUCCGAACUGCGCCAGCGUCUUGAAGGCUUGGCUCAUGUGCAGGAUGAGCGGGGCAUCAAGUCUGUUAACUUCUAUACAUGUCUCGGCAAAGGAGCAUCAUCUCUCGUCCAGACCUUACCAGGCAAGACAUCAUUCAGUGAAAAGAUUAUCCGCUCAAAUUUCCGGACGUUCUGUACGCUGCCACCGGAGGUCGAGAGUGGACAACAAAGUACUGCCCCAGGGCUCCGAUGGGUUAAGGCCGUCAAUGACCAAGCUCCUGAUGAAACUCAGGCUCAUGUCAGCAUGUUCAUUGCCAAGAACAACCCGGCAUUCUUUGACCUGCUUAGCGAGGCUGGUAAAACCUUGGUAGCCUCCAUUGACGUUGGUUGGUAUAAUACGUCCACCGCACCGGACGAAGGGGGCGAUCUAUCAACAGAGCAAGCAAAGCCCAAAGGCGAUGAUGACUUCAUGGACGCCGAUGACGUUGUCGUCGUGGAUUGA